AUGCAUUGUGACGUCUUGUGGAUGUUUGUCACAUCACAACAUGUUCAUAUAAUAAAAAUUUGUCAAUGUAUUAUUUCCAAUUCUUUUCUUAAAUGUGAAGAAGUAGCGUUUCUCGUUUAUACAGGAAACGAGAAAAGCUUUUCUUGUUGCAUUACAGAGGUAGAAGCGUUUCAACACCACGGACAAUUAUUCCAUGAUUACUUCGCGACUUCUUCCAAGUACUGUGGUAAAUGUGACCAGGCAUUGGUAAACAAAGGCAGCAGCUACAUAACAUUCGAGGGGGUCACCUACCAUCCAAAGUGCUUUGCUUGUCGAAAAUGUAAAAAACCGCUGCACGAAUUAAAUUUUUACAUAGUGGAAGAACAAAAAUUUUGUGAUGAAUGCUAUUGUUAA